AUGUCCCUUGUCGUCCCAAUGUCCCGAUUCCGUGCAGUGACCAUCCUCAUCACGCCUUUGGCAGCCGAUUUCACGUCGCUGGGGUCGUUUGGCACCGUGGACGCCUUUGCUGAAACGCUGGUGAACGGUUUGGACCGCAGCUGGCAGCCCAGUCCCGGGCAGAAGGCAGUGCUGCUUGGCGCCAAGUCCGCCAAUGACGCCUACCUGGUGGAGUACACGCUGCAGAAGCCCAGCGAGCCCUGCGUUCACCUCUACUCUGCUGUGGCCACGGGGCAGAACGUGUGGUACAACAACCUCUUCACCUUCACCGGGCAGUAUCCUGAGGACGAGGCUGCUACAUUCAAGCCAACUGUGGACAAGAUUGUGAAGUCCUUCAGAGUUACCAUCGGCAAGCAAUGA